AUGGCCCGAUCGAUUGCCCUCCUCGCCGUCCUCGCCGGCGCCGCCGUGGCCGCUGACUCGAGCAGCACGAUGAGCGUCAUGCUCGUCGGAGAGAACGGGCCCGUGUAUGGCUCCGUUCUCGGGGCCGACUCGACGGCCGUCACUUUCAAGGCCGGCUGCGGUACCGACGAGGCUUGCGAUGACAUAUGGGAGGGCAAAACCGUCAAGCAGGGCCCUUCGACCUUCUCCAUUGCCGGGGGCGCCACCAAAGUCGGCACAGCCACCGGGGGAUUGGACUGUGCACUUGAUCCCAAGGUCAACCUCGCCAGCUGCACCGUGACCUUGUCGGCCGAGGACAAGGAUGGCCAUCACGCCCACUCAAAAGCCCAAACGGUCCUCUCCAACUACCAGCAAGUCAUGUUCCCCGUGACCCUGACCGCCGGCCUUGAAAAGUUCUCGUCUGCGUCCGCCGCCACACCUGCCAGUGCCGCGAGCGGCCCGAGCUCGACCAUUUCUGCCUCUGCCAGCGGAAGGUCCGGGCAGUCCAGCGCUUCUGCUUCCUCCUCGGCCUCCUCCAGCAGGACCGACAGCGCUGCUAGGGCUCCGGCGGCGACGCAGAAGGCGGUCCUGGCAGGUGUCGCCGCGAUCGUGGGCGGCGCCAUGGCUCUGUAG